AAUCGAGGAAUGACAUUUGCUUCAUACAAGGUUGCCAUGGGGAAUAAAUGAGUCAAUUCAUGUAAAGGACUUGCUUCAGGGCCUGACACUCCAUCAGUGUUUGAGCAGUGAACGGUUUAUGGUGCGAAGCCUGUAGAAUCCUACAGAUGCCUUCUGGCAGUUUUAAAGGGCUCUGAACACGUACGUUGAUGUUACUUCGACAGGAUUAUCCGGUUCUCACAACGCAGUGUGAGGUCUGUGAAACAUUGGAGCGCUCGCUCAGUUCCUACUUUGGAGACUGGAAUUCUCUCAGAGUUCAGGCCACCUCCCACUUCCAUUGAUUAGCGGAUGACUAGGGCCGGAGCGGGGAGACUGACUCAGGAGUAGGGAAGGUGGUGGGGACAGCCCGAGUGCAGGACUGUGACAGGGAAAGGCGGGCUUCUUCCUCGCUAUGGCUGAAACAAAGGCACUUUUGAUGCUGGAAAACUUCAUAGACGGAAAGUUUUUGCCUUGUCACUCAUACAUAGAUUCUUAUGACCCGUCUACAGGGGAGGUGUAUUGCAGAGUGCCGGACAGUGGAAAAGAAGAGAUUGAAGCUGCAGUCGAGGCUGCCAGAAGGGCCUUUCCCGGCUGGUCGUCCCGGAGCCCCCAGGAGCGCUCACAGGUCCUCAACAAGCUGGCAGACUUGCUGGAGCAGUCCUUGGAGGAGUUGGCCCAGGCAGAAUCUAAAGACCAAGGGAAAACCUUAACACUGGCAAGAACCAUGGACAUUCCCCGGUCUGUACAGAACUUCCGGUUCUUUGCUUCCUCCAUCCUGCACCACACGUCCGAGUGCACGCAGAUGGACCACCUGGGCUGCAUGCACUACACCGUGCGGACCCCUGUGGGAAUCGCUGGUCUGAUCAGUCCCUGGAAUUUGCCACUCUACCUGCUGACCUGGAAGAUAGCUCCGGCGAUGGCUGCAGGGAACACCGUGAUAGCCAAGCCCAGCGAGCUGACCUCAGUGACCGCGUGGAUGUUGUGUAAACUCCUGGAUAAAGCAGGUGUUCCCCCAGGUGUGGUCAAUAUUGUGUUUGGAACGGGGCCCAGGGUUGGGGAGGCCCUGGUGUCCCAUCCAGAGGUGCCGCUCAUCUCCUUCACGGGGAGCCAGCCCACAGCGGAGCGGAUCACCCAGCUCAGUGCUCCCCACUGCAAGAAGCUGUCCCUGGAGCUGGGGGGCAAGAACCCCGCCAUCAUCUUUGAGGACGCCAACCUGGAUGAGUGCAUUCCAGCCACCGUCAGGUCCAGCUUCGCUAACCAGGGUGAAAUAUGCCUCUGUACCAGCAGGAUCUUUGUCCAGAAGAGCAUCUAUAGUGAAUUUUUAAAGAGAUUCGUAGAAGCUACCAGAAAGUGGAAAGUCGGUGUUCCCUCUGAUCCAUCGGCCAGCAUGGGCGCUCUGAUAAGUAAAGCACAUUUGGAGAAAGUCAGAGGCUAUGUCAAGAAAGCUCUUUCCGAAGGUGCCCGAAUUCAGUGCGGGGAGGGCGUGGAUAAGUUGUGCCUCCCCGCCAGGAAUCAGGCAGGCUACUUUAUGCUUCCCACGGUGAUAACAGACAUUAAGGAUGAAUCCUGCUGCAUGAAGGAAGAGAUAUUUGGUCCAGUGACGUGUGUCACCCCCUUCGAUAGCGAAGAGGAAGUGAUUCACAGAGCCAACGACGUUAAGUACGGGCUGGCAGCCGCGGUGUGGUCAAGAGACGUGGGGCGCGUCCACCGCGUGGCUAAGAAGCUGCAGGCGGGCUUGGUCUGGACCAACUGCUGGCUCAUCAGAGAGCUGAACCUUCCCUUCGGGGGGAUGAAGAGUUCUGGGAUAGGUAGAGAAGGAGCUAAGGACUCUUACGACUUCUUCACUGAAAUCAAAACCAUCACCGUUAAACACUGACUUUUGCCAAGGUGAAGCCCUUAUGGUCAACGUCUGGCUGCAGAGAUCGGUUGCCCAGUGUGGUGAACUGAAAUACUGGCAUGAAUUCCAGCCACGUUGUGACUUGGCAGAAGCUUGUCUCCAGCCUAUCCUUAAUUCUUAGUAAUUUUACCCACUGGUGAAGAGGUGCUGCCUAUGUUCAAUAUGGACUCAGAAGAAAAGACUUCUCAAUAGGAAGGCACAACAAGGAAGCC